CCACUUCAUAAGGUUUAAAAAGACCUCAUGCAAACUCCAAAUUGCCACAUUUUGCCCACAACUCUCUCCAAAAGAACAGACUUUAUAAGCUUCCCCUCUAUAAAAGACUCGUGGACAAGCCGAAACGCUUAGCCCCUCAUCGUAAAUCGACAUGACGGCGAAGGAAUGCUGCCACCGCCACCACCCCGAGAAGGACCGGCGGCUCUUCUCCCUCUUCCUCGGCCUCGUCGUCCUCGUCCUCUUCAUCAUCUUCCUCGUCUUCCUCAUCUUCCUCAUCCUCCGCCCCGCCAAGCCCGCCUUCGUCCUCCGCGACGCCACCAUCUACCAGUUCAACUCCUCCACUGCGCCGAGCCUCCUCAACACCAACAUGCAGGUCACGCUGUCGUCCCGGAACCCCAACGAGAGGAUUGGCAUCUACUACCAGAAGCUCGACACGUACGUGUCGUACCGGGACCAGCAGAUAACACUGCCGACGCUGCUGCCGUAUAGCUACCAGGGGCACAAGGAGGUGAUCAACUGGUCGCCGUUCUUGUGCGGGAGCGCCGUGCCGGUGUCGCCGUUCCUCACGGCAGCUCUGGAGCAGGACCGGAACGCGGGGAGCGUGCUGGUGGACAUAAAAGUGGAUGGACGUGUGAAGUGGAAGGUUGGGACGUGGGUAUCCGGCAAGUAUCAUCUCCAUGUCAACUGUCCAGCUUUGCUGGUGUUCGAAGAACCGUGUUGCGGCAUCGCUGUUGGACCCUCCGUGAAGAUUCAGGUCACUCAACACUGUACUGUUGAUGUGUAGAGAGAGAAACUGUGGUAGUGUUGGAUCUCUCUCUCUCUCUCUCUCUCUCUCUCUCUCUCAAUGUGAUUUGUUUCCUUCUUCCUCUCUUUUUCUUCUCCCUAGUAAUUGAAAAUGCAUCAACUGAGGUAAAUUUCAGUUUCUCUUCUUCGUCUUCGUCUUCUUCUUCUGGCUUCGUCUGGCUCCUAUGCUUAGGCAAUAUAGCUACGGGGUGCACUGAAGAUGGGGGCUGUGAACGUUGUUGUAAAGACGAAAAAUACGGUUACGAAGGAGACUAUUUGAGCUCAACUCGCGGGUUGUCUGAACUCGACUCGAUUUGUUUUCAACUAGUCGGGAUUGAAUUUGA